UGGAAGUGAAAAUCUUGUAAAUAAAACAUCAUAACCUAUAACUUUCAUAUUUAAAGCAAGUUAUAUCAACUAAAUCCCAAAAAUGAAUUAAACUAAAUGUCUUGAUGCGUUAAUUAGUAUAUAUAAGUAGUUUAUAUCUUGUUUUUAUAAAAUUUAGGUGUCAAUAUUCAUAGAAAAUGUCGCAUCAGCUGGGUCGUGUUGUGUCGGUGAUCUUGCACCGAUAUUUUGGUGAAUUAGUGCAAAAAGUGGGAGACGAUCUAUUCACAUAUGGCAGCAAGCCCAUAGGUCUGAUAGUAAAGACCACUGGCCUUCCUCGAAACCAGGUGAUAGAUUGUCUUCGUACUCUGCUCAAGUUUGACCUGGCUACAUUUGAACCUUCUGCCAAUGAAGUGAUAGCUGACUACAAAUUGAUUCCCGAUAAUGUACUCCUUCUCAUCAGAUAUCCUAGGUAUCUCCUUCAGAUGAAGAGUAAGUUUGGCAGCGAGGCUGAGCUGCUAGUUGAGGAGUUGCUGCAGAAAGCCACCUGCACUGCUACCGUGCUGCUGUUUACACUGGCCAUGAAGUAUAAGGAUGACAAGGAAAAGAACAUAACAAUAAUAAGUCUAAAAGACAUGUUCAUAAGCCUAGUAACAGCUGGCUACAUCCAGCAAGCUCCUGUAGCCGAGUUGAAGGAAGGCAGUGAGAUCCCGACCCUGGUACCCGUGGCUACUAUAGUACCUGAGCUGGAUACUAGGGCUCUGGUGCAGGCUAUGAAUACUGGCAGUAUUAGCGACAUUAAUGAUAAUAUUUAUUGGAGAGUGAACUACGAUAGAUUUCACCUUGACUUCAGAGAUGAAAUUAUGAUCAAAGCAAUCACGCGUCGUAUUGAUGAUAAUGCGGGUGAACUGAUGCGGUUCCUCCUAGAACAAAUGUACCUUCGGUCCCCAGCGUGGGCGCCGGAAUCCAGCCCCCUCUGCGCCAUCGAGCUGAAAGAGCGGUGCCGAGGAGUCGCAGCCGACAGGCCAACGCUGCAUCAGUUCGUUGAUCAGUAUCUUAAGGUUUUAGAGGAGAGUGGUAGCGGGUUCGUCCGUCGCGUGGGUGACGCGGGCGCGGGGCAGUUCGCCGUGAGCACGCGCCGCGCCGCGCUGCACCUCGUCGUCUGCGCGCUGGAGCAUCUCGUCACCGAGCGGCUGGGCUCUAAGGCUGCUAGGAUAUUUAGGUUAGUUCGUUCAAGAAAGUAUAUAGAAGAAGACGACAUACAGAAAAACGCCAUGUUAGUGAACAAGGAAUGUAAACAGCUCACAUACAAACUGUUAGAAGAACACUUUAUUAGUGUACAGCCAAUGCGGAAAGCAGCUUCGGCGGGCGGAUUAGCGAAAGCAAUUUAUUUGUAUCACAUCAAUCUACAUGACGUAGCGCAGUCAGCGCUGGAGAUGUGCUACCGCUCGCUGCACAACGUGAUCCGGCGCCACUCGCGCGAGAGCACGCAGCACGCGCGCCUGCGCGACAAGCGGCGCCGCGUCGCCACCAUCGUGCACGGCAUGCGUCUGCGCGGCGAGCCGCAGCAGAACAUCGACGAUGUGGAAGAAACCCUGACACCGCCUGAACUGGCAGUAUUACAGAGCGUGGAAAAAAGACUGAAACAAUUGAGCAUAGCCGAGUUGGAGCUAGACAAGAAUCUUUUCAUAUUUAAAUGGUACUUUAUGUUCCCUGAAACCAAGUGAAAAUAACCAUUUUUAUAUUAACAACAUUUCGAAUGUUGUUUUGACAAAAUAGGUAAGAAAAACACUAUUUAAGCAUGUAUUAUACUGUUAUCGAGUUAAAACUCAUGUUUAUACUAAAGGAUAAGGAAAAUUACGAAUAAAAUUCACAAAAAUA